AUGGCCACCUCGACCCUCCGCUCUCCGGCGCUCCGCCAGCUCCUCGCUCCUCGCACCACCCGCGCCCUCUUCUCCCCCAAACUCAACCAAAUCCAACGCGCACAAUUCCAAACCUCUUCCCGACGCCAGAUCCUUCCCCCGCUUCCUCAAGUCAUUCGCGGCGGCGUCAACGACCCGGCUCCCGUUCCUGAAUCACACCCGGCGCAUGGAAGCUAUCACUGGAGUAUGGAGCGCGCCGUCUCCGCUGCUCUGAUUCCUCUGACCGUCGUGCCUUUUGCGGCGGGAAGCAUGCACCCCAUUCUGGAUGGUGGUUUGAUUGGCUUGAUCAUCAUUCACAGUUACAUUGGUUUCCAAUCUGCCAUCACCGACUACUUCCCCAAAUGGCGCGUUCCUAAGAUUCGUAAGGUGGCCGAUUGGGCGAAUUUGGCGGCCGUGUUUGUCGUUGGUUGGGGUUGGUACGAGUUUGAGACGAACGAUGUCGGCUUGACCGAGGGAAUCAAGAGGGUCUGGACUGCGGGUGCCACAGCCAAGGAGGCUGCCAACAAGGUGCAGUAG